GAGAGAGAGAGAGAGAGAGAGGGGUAUCCCCGCUUCACAAGGAAACGGGAAAUUCUCCGAGUCAAAACGCUUUCUCAAAAAGCGCUUUCAUUAUUACCGCUUCCGCUUGUUGAGCUCCCCCGCUUCGUAGUCCUCCAUUUUCAUGGCGAAACCCUCGAAGCGAAUCCUCUACACCUUCCCAAAGCUCUACUCCUCCUCCCCCAAACCCCUCCCAAAUCCCAUUCCCCGAAACCCCUUAUCUUCUUCUUCUUCUUCUUCUUCUUCUUCUUCUUCCCGUUCCAAGCUCAUCAAUUCGAGUCAUGAAGCUUCCAAUUCCAUUCAGAAUCUCUCCUCGCCCUCCGAAAUUUGGCGAAGAGCUUGUUCGAAUCGAUCUCCCCCGAAGCCCACAUCUCAAAUCGGUACGUAUCAUCGCCUGUUUACUGAAAGGUACGUGGGGAGUCGCUCUUACUCGAAUUCGUCAUCUGGGCUUUCUAAUUCGAGGCAUCUGAGCACGAAUUACCCCAUCAAGUUGCGAUCUUUAGGGUUAGGGAUCAAAGGGCUUGGCCGAAUCGAAGAAAAUGGACUCAAAACCCGGUUUUUCUCUGUUAAAAGCUUGAAUCAGGGCAAAUUCGGUGGUGAGAUUGCGAAAUCGGUGCUUGAGAAGCCUCUUUCUAGUGCGAAAUCGGCGUUUGCGCGAUACCGCGAGGCGGUGGGGUUACAAAUGGAGGCGUUUUGGAGGAGGAAUUAUAUGAUUGUGCUGGGCGCGGGGGCUGUUGUUGUUUGCAUCGCAUUGUGGAGGAUUAUGUUUGGGAUCGCGAGCACUUUCAUAGGGCUUUCGGAGGGAAUGGCGAAGUACGGGUUCCUCGCUCUCGCCACGGCUAUUGUAGCUUUUGCUGGCCUGUAUCUCCGUUCAAGAUUCACAAUAAACCCAGACAAAAUAUACAGGAUGGCGAUGAGAAAGCUUAAUACGUCCGCUGCAAUUCUAGAGGUCAUGGGUGCUCCUUUAACUGGGACAGAGGUGAGAGCAUAUGUUAUGUCAGGAGGUGGGCCGAGAUUAAAGAAUUUUAAGCUCAGGCUUAGUGGGAAAAGGUGUUUCCUUAUUUUUCCAGUCAGAGGAUCGGAGAGGAGGGGUCUUGUUAGUGUUGAAGUUAAGAAGAAAAAAGGCGAGUACGACAUAAGGCUCCUCGCGGUCGACAUCCCGAUGGCAUCUGGGCCGGAUCAACGGCUAUUCUUAGUCGGCGAUGAGGAGGAAUACAAAGUUGGCGGGGGGUUGAUAUCAGAGCUUCGAGAUCCCAUAGUCAAAGCCAUGGCUGCGGAAAAGGAGUUUGAUGAUCUCGACCAAAAGGAGGAGGAAGAGGAUGAGAAAAAAGAGCGCGAGGAGGCGGAGAGAAGGCAAAGAGAGGAGGAAGAACAAUUACUCGAGGAAGAAAAGAAAAGGCGCGAAGAGGAAGAAAGAAUUCUUGAAGAAGAAAAGAAACGGCGGGAGGCCGAAAACCUCGAAAAAGUUGGCUCAUAGUUUUGACCGCGGAACUCAAAACUUUUUCUCCUUUUUAUGUUGUUUUUUUUUACUUAUUGAAAUUUCGAAAGGAGCGGCAUGCUUCUUUCCGAGAAAGGUGGAUGAUUGUUGGAUAAAAAGGAUUAGUUAGAGAUCAUUGUUUUCUUUUGUUCCUUUCUUGAUCUAAAAUCUGCCAUUGGAAGAAUGGAUUUGCUCUUCGCGAGGAGUUUGAUCAGAUUCAAUAAAUUCGACAACACCCAGUAUUUGCAUAAUUACGACA